AUGAAAACAGCAGAGCUGGUCUUCAUCCCCUUCACCGCGGUCGGUCACUUGGUUUCGGCGAUUGAGAUUGCAAAGCUCCUCGUGAGCCGAAAUGAACGCCUCUCUGUCACCGUCCUCGUCAUGAAGCUCCCCUUUGACACCUCCGCCCAUCCUAAACCCUUCUCUGACGACACUAUCGCCGAACGGAUACGAUUUGUCGAUCUCCUCCUUGACGACUUCACCAAGGACCUCCUCGCCAAAAACCCCGCCAGCUUUUUCAAGGACUUCGUCGACCUUCAGAAACCCCAAGUUAGACAAAUUGUGUCGGAAAUUAUGGCCAAUGGAUCUGGGUCGGCGUUCAAUCAACUUGCCGGUUUCGUGAUCGACAUGUUCUGCACACCUAUGAUGGACGUAGCGGACGAAUUUGGGGUUCCCACUUACGUCUUCUUCACCUCUAGCGCCAGCCUGCUCAGCCUUAUAUUCCAUCUCUACACUCUUCAAGAGGAUUUGAGAAAAGAUAUGACCGAGUUCAAGGACUCGGACGCUGAGUUGUCUGUUCCGAGUUUCUCCAACGCGGUUCCCGCCAAGGUCCUGCCAUCUGGGGUGCUAGACAAGAAGAUCGGCUCCAACAUGUUCAUAAACAUCGCUGCGAGGUUUAAGAAAGUAAAAGCAAUCUUGGUCAACACGUUCGACGAGCUAGAAUCCCAUGCCCUCAAGUCUCUCCAAAAUGAUGGAUCCAUCCCACCGGUUUACCCAGUGGGGCCGAUCCUCAACCUCCACAACAAUAAAUCAGAAGGGGUACUCAUGUCAUGGUUGGACAAUCAGCCACCAGCUUCGGUAGUAUUCCUGUGUUUCGGGAGCAUGGGAUGUUUCGAUGGGGAUCAGGUGAAGGAGAUAGCCCACGCGUUGGAGCGCACCGGCCACCGGUUCUUGUGGUCCUUACGACGGCGGCCAAAUAAAAGCAAAAUUGAGAUGCCGGUUGAGUACGACAACCCACAAGAAGUACUACCAGAAGGGUUCACGGAACGAACGGCCGAGCUUGGUAGGGUGAUAGGGUGGGCGCCGCAAGUGGCGGUACUAUCACAUCCGGCGGUGGGAGGUUUCGUUUCGCAUUACGGGUGGAACUUGACGUUGGAAAGCUUGUGGUUCGGAGUGCCAGUGGCCACGUGGCCAAUGUACGCAGAGCAACAAAUGAAUGCGUUCCAGAUGGUGAGGGUGUUUGGAUUGGCGGUGGAGAUUAAGCUGGACUAUAGAAAUGAUUUCAGAAUGACGACGACGGAGAUUGUAACUGCUGAGGUGAUAGAGAAUGGGAUAAGACGAUUAAUGGAAGGAGACAAGAGUGUUGAAAUUAGGAGGAGGGUGAAAGAGAUGAGUGAGAAGAGCAAGAUAACCAUGGCUGAGGGUGGCUCAUCUCAUUCUUGUCUAGGGUGUUUUAUUCAAGAUGUAGUUAACAAUGUUUCUUAG